CACCUCUGCUAUUGUGCAAGUGCCGCCCUAUAAAUACGGAGACACUCCCGGCUUUGGAAGCCUCUGUCAGCUCGGCCUCUGUCAGCUCGGCCUCCAAGGAGCCUCUCUGCCUUCCCCGGGCAUCCCGGCCCGGCCUGCCAGCCGCCAUGAGGGCUCUCUCCUUCCUGCUGCUGAUUCUGUGCCUCGUCUCCUCCCACCUGGCCCCAGGUGCUGGCUUUCUCAGUGGUCUCGGCCAGAGGUCUGACCACUACAUGUGUGCCAGGAAAGGAGGCACCUGUAACUUCUCCCCCUGCCCGCUCUUCACCAGGUUGGAAGGCACCUGUUACGGUGGGAAGGCCAAGUGCUGCAUGCGUUGACUCUGAGCUGGGUGUGACGGAGAGAGGAUGGGGAAGUCCAACGAAGCAUUUGUAACCACUGUUUUAAUAAAAGAAGACUUUUUUUUAAGCAUA